AAUUAAACAGAAAAACAAUUUAAUGAUAUGUAAGCAUAGAUUAUUCUUUCUUGCAUCACAAACCUUUUCUUACAUCCUUUAAAGAACAUUCACACCCUCAGGAAACAUGUCUGUUCUGAAUUGGGGAACUGAAGCUCUAAAGUAAGCUCAAAACUAUUUCAUAACUUCUCAGCUGUGUAUUCUAGAGCAUGCAACUCAGCUUGUUCUUCUGAUGUUACGUUUGGUCAGAAACAAAAAGGACCCUUAUCUUUUGGUGCACAGACCUCCUGUGAGCCCAAGCUUCCUGUUUAGCUGAGAUACCAUCAGAAUGGGUGGCAGCAUGUAGAUGACUAUUACUGUUCCUGACUACUCUGAAAAUCGUCCCUCAUUGUAUUUCAUGUCCAGAAAGGCCCAGAUGAAUCAUUUACAGUGUGUUUAUAUUGGUAUGGGAGUAUAAAAACUGGUUAUUAAGGACUAAGCGAUGGAGCAGGGUUCAGAGGAGAACAUGGAGAGCUCAUGGACUCUGCUCUCCUGGCUGGCUUCUGGUGUGAUGGUGUUUGGAGGUGCGGUGCCCUACGUCCCCCAGUACCAGGACAUCCAGAGGACCAAUAACGCUGAAGGAUUCUCAACAAGAGUCUGUCUGGUGCUGCUCGUUGCUAAUAUACUUCGCAUUUUCUUCUGGAUAGGCAAGCAGUUUGAGCUGCCUUUGCUCCUGCAGAGUGUGGUGAUGAUUCUCACCAUGUUGGCUAUGUUACAUCUGUGCUGUUCCAUCCAGAGCCGUAACCGCGUCAGUACUAAACAGCACCACAUCACAGAUUUGGACCUUCUGUAUUUCUGGAGCUGGAGUUCUUUUGGGGACUAUUUGAUAUUCUGCUUUGCUUUCACGCUGCUGUGUGCUUUCAUAACGUUCCUCUUUCUGGACUGGGUCCUAUUUGUGGAGGCCUUGGGCUCUUUGGCUGUGAUGUUUGAAGCCAUGCUGGGACUGCCUCAGCUGCUGCAGAACUACAACAAACGCUCCACCCGAGGCAUGAGUGUCAAGAUGGUGCUUUUAUGGACGGCUGGUGACAUCUUUAAGACCACGUAUUUUGUGAUCAAUGAAAGCCCCACCCAGUUCGUUGUCUGUGGUGCGGUACAGAUCUUAAUUGACAUUGCUAUUCUGCUCCAGGUGGGCUACUACGGCCAGGACACCAGGAUCAAACUGGGCUGAGAUCACUACAGUAAUGAUGGUGAUCAACACUCCUAAAUAAGGAUAUUCUGCAUUCUUCUUACCUGCAAAACUACAUGAUUUUACUUUCACUAUUUUUUUUUUUAAUACACAGUGGGGUUCAAAAGUCUGAGACUGCUAGUGAAAGAAGUUCAAUUUUGCUUUUCUCUUAUCGAAUAUGUCUUAGAUUUAAUGAUUAUAUUUAAUCAUAUAUUUAUUUAUUAUUUUAUCAAUAGUUUUUCUUUUUAAGAAUUGCAUGAUUAGCAUGACAAUUUGUGUGAAACUCUCCAUUGGAAAUGUUAACUUAUUUGGCUAAUAAUAAUUAAAUAGUAAUAAUAAUCUGACCUUUUUGUAUAAAUUUUAUUUUGGAUCCCAGACUUUUUUGCCUUAUUCAAGUUAUUUCAAGUUAUAUAUAAGGUUUCAUUCAAAGAAGAGUGAACAGGCCUUAUAUGCACUGGCUGGACAUCCUUAUACUUUUUUUUUUUUAUAUAUAUAUAUAGAUACUAAUCAAGCCUACAGAUUGACUACAACCUGAGAAAUGAAUUCCUUCGAACUUUUUUUUCAAUUUUUUACAUUAUCUGUAUUUUUGCUAGCUUUUGUGAGAGCAAAUAUGCUCUUAGUGCAAUUGAAGUGCUGGGGAAUGCAUGUGCUAUGUAUCUUCCACACACUGGAUUCAAACUGCUAGCUCAUUUCUCAACAAUCUGUGGUCCUUUUUCAUCUUAGAGCACUUAAAUCAUUGUUACUUGCUUAGUUGCACACAAAAAUCCAAAUUUUAAGCAGCAGAUUAAUGUUAGGCUUUUAAACAUGAGUCUUUGCUCAAUUGCUGAUGAAUGAUUUUAUUACCUAACUUUAAUUACCAAACCGUAUCAGUGGAAAUACAUCACGUUAUGCCUUAAAUAUGUUAUGCUCAACUGAUUUAUCAUGAAUGAUUGCAUUUCAAAUGACAAAAACAUUUUUUUUAUUUGUUUUUAUCUCAUAUAUCAAUAGUCCUUUUUUAGCACAGUAAUUUCAUUUUACUGUUAGUGCCAGUGUUUUGAAAAAUAUUUAUUUUUAUCCAAAGUUUUUGAUUGGGAAAUGUGUAAUGAAAAUGUGUAAUAGUCCAAUGAAAAAGCAAUUGUAGUUAGUUAACCACACAAAGCCAGAGAUGGACAGCUUUGGGCCAUAUUGGGUUCAUAGUCUGCCCUGUCCUUUAAAGAUGACAGCGAGUACCUCAACCAGUCAUAUAUCACAUGUUUAUCCAUGCAUGUCACACCAAGAUGAAGGGCAGUCUACCCACAAAUAUUGACAUUUGGAAUGUUUCUGGACUGCUGAGAGAAAAAAAUGCAGUCACCUCAACUCAGAUGCAUCUGUGGUUGAUCAGCUAUGAGGAGACCUCAUCAUAAAAUAGUUACACUCUAUUAAGUUAUCAUUCACACCGGAACGGAGUUAUGUUCUAUUUAUCGUUGCGAAAAAAAGGUCAAUACAAGUUUAAAUCCCACUGUAGCGCCAGGCUGCUCAGGGAGGACUACAUUUGUGGCCUUAAAAAUGCACUUUCAGAUUCCUUCUCACUUUUGGCUCUCUUUCUUCCUCGCUGCCCAUAUUACACAGUAGGGAUUUUGACAUGCCAAUGGAGUGUUUAAGCCCGUUGGCUCCUUUAGCAUUCAUUUAUCGUCAGCGUUUAGCCGUUGGUUAUGACAGAUGGUCACAAGGCCUCAGCCUCUCAGCUGUUUACUCCCUGCAUGGGCAGCAUUUUUGGCUUUAAUUCUCAUUGUGGUAAGACUUUGUGUGCGGUAAAUAUUUGUUCUGUUGUGCUGUUAACCACCUCAUUAACAUAUCUGACCCCAGCAAAGGUCAAAACCACGUGUGAGCCCACUCUUCUCUAAAAAAAGAAUACAUUGCAUUAAUGUAGCACUAUGAAAUACAUAUGUUUGAAUGUCAUAUGGAGAUAUGUACCUUUGUUCAUUUUAAGUUAAUAUUGCCUGAUUGAUAACAUACACUACCGUUCAAAAGUUUUGGGUCCUUUUUUUAAUAAUAAGAACUUUUAAUAAGAAGAAUUUUUUUUUUUUUUUGAGCAGCAAAUCAGCAUAUUUGAAGGAUUUCUGAAGGAUAAUGUGACACUGAAAACUGCUGAACAUUCAGCUUUGUAUCACAAGAAUAAAUUACAUUUAAAAACAUUUAUAUUAGAUCGUAAUCAUAUUUUACAAUAUUACUUAAUCAUCCUCAAACUUUGAAUGGUUGUGUUCAUGAUUUGUGCCAUUUUUUUUAACAUCCAAAGACUUCCUUUUUUAAAUAAUCAUGGAUAUUGUUUUAUUGUGUCCAUUUAUGUUUCCAAUUUUCACAGUUUUGUUAGUUGCACAUGACUGGUACAGUAAAUAGCUUUGUAAUUCUCUCAUCAUCAGUGAGGAAAUCGCACUGAUGAGCAAGAUAACGGUCUAUUAUGUGUUUAAUGGUGUGGUAUAAUGAUCGUUUAAUGCUGCCUCAAUGGUCUAGUCAAAAAAAAAAAAAAAAAACAUUUUUGUCAUUCAGG